CUUCUUUGUGUUCAACUUGAUACGAGUCGAGCAGGUGUUUGAAGUGUUCGCCAUUAGCGGGGCCCGAGUGAGAACGCGGAAGAGUGGGAGUGGGAAUAUUCAGCCUGCCGUCCUUUGUUUACCAUCAUGUGUGCGCCUUGAUUUUGGUUGCUACAACAACCACAGCCCCUGAAUUUUGUAUCUCAUAUGUGCAAAACAGAACCCAAGCGCGCACAGUGUUGUCGACAAGCGUAUGGUGUUUUGCGUCAGGCAUGUUCAGUGAAGAAACGCCGUUUCCGUCGUCGUCCGCAGGAAUACCGUAAAGGUGAAUCUGCACCGUGCUGUGCCAAGCUGAGCCGGAGGAGGGCGAUGUCUGACAACAGCAAUAGCACAGGCAGCAGUGCGUCCUCAACCAACAGCUGGACCCUCCUCUGCCCCGAGGAAGCUGCUGUUGAGAAUGUUGGACCUGUGGACGACGGCACUGAGAGCCUGGGCGACGUUCCCAGUCUGUCUGAGGAGGUGGCAGGAGCUGCUGUGGAGUUCAAACCAAGUGACAUUCCAGUAGAAACUAUCCUGUCUGAGGAAGGCCAUCAGGUGUGUCAAGAGACCUCUCCAGAGUCAAGUGAGGGUCCCAUCCCUUCUAGUCCGGUCCGGAUGAGUCCUCUACCACACAACCCCCUGGACUCUGCAGACCUUGACCUGGAGAGUCACCCUCCAGUUAUCCAUGAUAUUGACACCAGCUCCCCCAGUGACAAUGAUCAUCUAGGAGGCAUACCCUUUGUCACCAACAUUGAUUUGGGGGCUCCACUCGAUAUUCCUGCUGCCCAACUCCCCCCAGCAGAGCCUGAGGAGUCAUGCUCUGCUCCUCCCAUGACUGAGAUCCCUGUCUUUACAAAACCAGAUUUUGACACGCCUGCUGAUAUUGGGCCACUUCCUGGGAGCCCUGCUGGGGAGAGUCCUGUCCUCACUUCUGAACUUGAGGUUAACAUCACCACGGAGACCAUUGCAGCCACCGAUCCUCCCUCUCAUCUUGAUGCUGCUAUCAGCUUUGUUCCAGAAAGCACAGAGCUGCCAAGCCCAGUCCCAGUGAGCCUGGUGACAGAAGACCCCACUGAUGAAAGUCCUGCACCAGAGACUUUGGGUUCAGCAGAAGCAGAGGAGGAGGAAGUAGUGGAAAAAGAAGCAACAGAGCCCUCUGAGACAGUGACCCAGGAUGAGAGAGAAGAAGAAGAAGAAGAAGAAGAAGUAGAACCAUCAACUAGUUUUGAUUUGGGAAACACAAGCAGCUUCGAUGAUGGACUGAGGAGGAGGAAUGUCCCCUCUUUUGAGGCGUCGAGAUCAAGAACAUCAGAUGAGGAAGAUGAGGAUGAGGAAGUGGAGUUCAAGCUGGCUGAGAAGAAGGGGGAAAAGCCAUGGUUCUCCUUGGACAAAUGCAUUGUGGGUGCUCUGAUCCUGCUCUUUUUAGGUUCCCUCUUCCUCUCAGGUGACUUUGACGCCUCUGAACUGAGUGAUGGAGAACAAAGCCAGGACUGGCUUAGCACUGAUCCACAGGAUAUGAAAGAGUUAUUGGAUAAACUGACACAGGAAAACCAACAAAUCGCUCAGCUAGAGGCUCAGCUACAGUCUCAGAAAGAAGAACUCGACUCAGCGCUGAAGGUAGUGGCAGCAAGUGGUGAUGAAAAAGGUAAAGCAGAUCUGGAAAAAGAAAAUGCAAAGUUGAAAGAGGAGCUGUCAUCUCUGCCUAAACUGAAGAAAGAGCUGGAGAGUCUGAGGGCCAGGGUGACCGAACUCAGCCAGCUCACAGCUGAUCAAAAAAUGCCUCCAGCUACUCCUAGUCCAGCCCCUCAGCCUGGUGACAAAGAUGGUCAGAGUAACCAGAAAGCAGCUGGACCUGAGAGGAGAAAGGACACAAAUAGGGGAGGCAGGCUGAAGGAGGAACUCCAGAGACAGAAGGUUCUUUUGGAGGAGAGCAGAAAGAGACUCGAGGGGAUGAAAAAAGAUGGAGGUGGCAGGAAACGCGUCAGGGAUAGUUUGGAGGAGAUCCAGAAGAAGAUUUCUGAACAAGUUGAGAAGUGGGGGAAGAAGAAGCCACAGGAGUCCAAAUGGAAAGGACACAAAGGCAAAAACAAUGAGUGGGACCAUGGGAAGAAAGAAGAAAAGAAAGAGUGGAGAGGAGAGAAAGAGUAUAAGCACAGCAAGGAGGGAGGAUGGAAGGACAAAGAGGAGAAGGAGAAAGAGUGGAAGUCUCAGAAGCAAAAUUCUCACAAAGAGGCAUGGAGGAAACACCAGGACGAGUGGGAGAGGAAGAAGGACGAGCGCAGAAUGGACAGAGAGGAGAGGAGGAAGGAGAAACCAUGGCACAGCCGGCCUAGUAAAAAGUCUCACCACAACAUCCAUCAUCAUCAGCACCAGCAUCACCAGCCCCGCCAGUCUCAUCAGUACAACCACAACAUUUUCUGGAGAGACCAGGAAAAGAAGCUCCGACACAACAUCCACCCCCAGCUGGGCUGCAGCUCUGUGGACGACUGCGCCAGCAAGGAGGGGCUGUACACAGUGGAGCUGUCCGAGUUUGAGGAACUGCUGGAGGGCUACCUGAGCAAGCUUGAAGGAUCUUCAUCCGAGAGCAAGGACAAGAUCCGAAAGCUGACUGCAGAGUUUUUCGAGGACGGCGUGUUUAUCCACGACAGGGUUCUUUUCAGUGACUUUGCUGAGGAUGUAGCAGACAUUUUGGAGGACAUGGCGGACGUUUUAGAGGAUGACGGGCAGAAGGAUGACGACUCCCUGGAGGAGGAGAUGGAGGAGUUUGAACGAGAAGCCCUCUGGAAGUUUGCUGCCACCGCUUAAAUAGAGACACAUAGGGGAAAGGAGUAAAAUACAACACUAAGAUACAACACAAGUGGUGGUUUUAUAGGACAUUUCUUGCCUACCUUCUCCUCUUCAGAGCUGUAAUUGUAGUAGCUUCUGGUACAGAGUGGUUGUGCCUCUCAUAAAUGUGUCCCUUUGAGUCUUUAAUUAUAAGCUAGACUUGUACUUGUCAUUUUGGACUUAGUUGUUGUUACCUACCUCUGUCAGGUCAUGCCUCCUACUGCGAAAUCCUUCAGUAAUGUGUUGUGUGGAUUUUCUUCUUCUAUAUAGUGUUUUGUCAGUACCAAGUGCAUGUUGAAGUUCAUAAUUUAAAUUCAAACUGAUAAUAUUCAGAUCACACAAAAAACAGGGUUUUAAAGAGGUAGUAUUAGCAAAUAACUCUGUUGAGCACCAGUACAAUGGAGUUAAAUCUAUUCAUACAGUUCAUAUAGUAUUAGAUAAGUUGUCAAAUACAGAAAGACAUGUUAAAUUGACUGUUAAAAACUUUUUUGGUCACUUGACUUUCUCCCUUGUCAAGAAAUACAAACUGCCUCUACUCCAAACAGGUUAAAACAAAUGCUAAGAAAUUUUUGCAGAUACCAUUUGCCUCUAGUCGAGUGUAACUCUCCAAUCCCAGGGGAUGAGAUCCCGGUUCUUUCAGUGAUAAGAAUAAGAUCAGGUCAGACCAGUUUUGUGUCAGCAGCUCGUCAGUAGAUUUGGGCAAACACACAGGGAGCGCUGUUUUAGAGCCCUAAGCGUUUGGUUUCUAGAUUUGAAAGACGGUCCAUGCUCCAACUCCCAACUGUCAGUUGAAAGCAGAUGUGUGGAGCGAGGAACCAGUUUGUGAAACUUCAAAAAAAAAAAAAAAAAAAAUUGGACAAACUGAUUUUUAUAUAUAUAUAUAUAUAUAUAUAUAUAAAAAAUUAGUUGAAUUGAUGACUGCUAAACCACUUUAGCACUUUUUUCAAACAUUUACAGCAGUUUUUUUUCUCACUAUUUACUUACUUUUCUUUUUUUAGACCACCGGUUCUCUUUAAUAUUUUUUUUGUAAUGUAGCCAUGGGGACCUCUAACACGUGAUCUACAUAUACUGGGUAUCCCAGAGUACGCAAGUACGCAGAGUAAAAAGUAGAGAGCUUGAUGAUCUUCUAAUAAUCCCCAAAGUCAUUCAUUUAAUGAAUUUGUUAAUUCAUCUAAAUGAGAUUGAAAACCAAACCAGUACAUAUUUUGUUAGUAGGUUGAUGCAAAUUGACAUGGACACAAGUGACUUGGUGGUAGCUGUUUGGUUCUAGAGAAAAAAUAUAUAUAAGGAAGCUGCUACAUUUCAUUUUGUUUUCUGAGUUGAAUAAGCCAGACAAAGGCUAAACAAGAAUGGUACAAAACAAUGUCUCUAAAGUAGUGCAGCAUUACUUUUUAGUGGAAAUAAAAGAAUUGCUUUUUUCUUUCAGUUUCUGAUCUUAGUCAUAUUUGAUCAUGAAAGUUUUCCUCUUUAGGUGGAUGUUAAGUGCAAGUUAAAAUCGACAGGUUGUGAUUGUUAGUUCUCCUUUUCAGUGAUUGAAAGAAGCUUUGAAGUGUUAUAUUUAUUUAUUCAGUCACUACACUGCAACUCUUUUCUUAUUAUUAACUAGAAGAACCACAGACUUUGUUCUAGGCCAUACACAUUAAAUGUGAAAAUGGUGAAGUGUUCAGUUACUUUGGGUUUCAGAAAUUUAGUUUUCCAGCUGCUGCAUACGUGCCUUUAUUAUUAUAAAUAUGUUAGAUUGAACAAGAGGUCUUUAAUUUCAUUUGCUUCUGCUAGGUUAAAAAGAAAACAAGUUUACACUACUUGGAGUUUUACUUUGUUGAUAGGACGGAGAAUUAAUGUCAGAGAGUUUACUUUACUGAAGUGUUGAACAGAUUUUGUUAAACGUUGUCUUAUCUCCAGUUUCUACAGAGGAACUUUUUUUUUUUUAAAGUUUUUAGACCAAAUGGAUCAAAAGAAAGCUUUACAAGAACAGAUGAAUCCUUUAAUGAAACACACGUAUUAAAGUUUAAUCAAUAUCUGAGCUUUUUGUCUUUGUGGGACAGCAGUGGGGCUCUGUGCUUACUAAUAAUGUGGCACAGAUGUGCAUGUAAUUGAUCUCGGGACAAAUGUAUUGAUAAAUGUGGAUCAUUUCUAAUUUUUCCCAUUCAUCAGUUAUGUCCUCUUUACGGAAGUCAGUGUUAAGUUCAAUAAAUUUUUCA